AUGUCGAGCCACAUUGGCGGUGCGCGUCAGCACACGCGCAUCGUGUUUGUCAAGAACCUCAACUACAACACCACCGGCGCCGACCUGUACAACGUGUUUGGACGCUACGGAGCCAUCCGUCAGAUCCGCAUCGGCGACGCGCCCAAGACCAAGGGCACGGCGUACGUCGUGUACCAGGAGAUGGCCGAUGCUAAGCGCGCCCUCGACAACCUCAACGGCUUCCACCUCAACGACCGCUACCUCGUCGUAUUGGCACACAUGCCCGCAAGGCUCGCUGCAAAGGCAGACCUCGAACGACGAGAAGCCGAGCUCGCAGAACUCAAGCAGCUUCACAACAUCCAGGACACAUAG